AUGGAUUUCCCCAUUCGCAGGGAUCUCUACAACUCCGCGAAUGGCAAGGGUCUCCUGUAUACAAAUAUUAAAACAAAUGAUGCAAGUGCAAAGAAGGCCGAGUUCGAGCGGCAGCGCAAAAUCCGCCAACAAGAAAUUGAAGAGAAACUCAUAGAGGAAGAAACUGCACGAAGAGUGGAAGAACUUGUGGCUAAGCGCGUAGAGGAAGAGUUGGAGAAACGGAAAGAUGAGAUUGAGCGAGAAGUUCUUCGCAGGGUGGAGGAGGCUAAGCGCAUCAUGGAAAAGCAGUUGCUCGAAGAACUCGAGCGACAGCGACAAGCUGAACUUGCUGCACAAAAAGCCAGAGAGGAGGAAGAACGUGCAAAGCGUGAGGAACUAGAACGAAUACUAGAAGAGAAUAAUCGAAAAAUUGCAGAAGCACAAGCUAAGCUGGCUGAAGAACAAUUGAAAAUUGUUGAAGAACAAAGAAAGAUUCACGAGGAGAGGAUGAAACUAGAACAAGAGAGACAACGUCAGCAAAAGGAAGAGCAAAAAAUGAUCCUGGGCAAGGGAAAAUCUAGGCCAAAACUGUCCUUUUCAUUAAAGACCCAGGAUUAAAUUGCAACUCUGAACUCUUUAAAAGAAAAAUGAACCAGAAAAACUUUGUAUGGUAGCUUCAUGUUGAAGUGUUUUUUUUUUUGUUUUGUUUUUUCCCUUUUUCCCCCCCUCAUUUUUUUUGUCUUUUUUCCUUUUUUUGAAAGUCUGGAAAGUUAGCUCGUUCUAACAGGGGCUGUGCUCUGGAAUUCUGAAUUUUUUUUUUUUUUUUUACUUCCAUUAAGUUAAAUCCUUAUCAGAUCAUUGUUGCCUUUUAGAGAGUAAUCUGUUCUCAUCCAUUUUGUUUUUGUAAUGGUGAUCUGAAAGAGAUCAGGUCGCUUUAUAAAUUGCAGAUGAUCUGAUAAGUUUUUACUGACCCACUGAGCAGAGGUCCAUUCUUAUAUAAGAUGGAGCUUAAUGCUGGGUUUUGCUAGGUUUUUAAUAAUAAUAAUAAUAAAAAAAAAAAAGUAAAUUCCCAAGGUAUUACUGGACUUCUGUGGUUUAUUGUUAAAUCAGUGUCCCACGAUACUGUCCCACUGUUGCGCUUGAUGUUCCUGAUACAGGUAAGGAAACAAUUGGUCAAUUCUACUAUGAAUAUGUAUAUAUAGAGAGAGUUCAGUAUUGCCUCUAAGUUUGUUUUUAUUACGUUGACAACCUUCAACCAGCGUUCCCCAUUGUGUAAAUAAACCAAUUUGCUGAAUAAAGUAAAGUCUUAAAUUCAUAUGUUUAAGUAAAUUUUUUUAGUAUACUUUAUAAACUACUAUAUAAGGAUGACAAUUCAGUUGCUGAAUUUUAAGGAUAUAGUGGUAUUUCACAAAAAUGUUUUUUGUUCACAGAAAAAUCUAAUGCAAGAUUUACACAUAGAACUAAAAAUCCCUAUUGUUGUGAAUGUUUUAGAUGGCUGUUGCUGUUUUCAUGAAUGUUGGUUUUAUUCUAACAGACUUAUUUCAGCUGUUGCAUCAUGUUUAGACAGCUGUUUGUCUGAGUGCAAGAAGCCAAAUAUUUCAAUAUCUAAUUCCCUGGAGUUGGCCUCAUUAUAUAGUAUGUUGUAUAAGUUAAGGUUAUUGCCCAGUAAAUGAAUCUGAUAGAUCUGGGAAGAAGAAUGAGGAUUGUUUUGUUUUACAGUUGGAAGGGCAAGCACACUUGAGGAAAUCAAAAAAACAGAAAAUGGGAGUUGGUUUUAAAUAUAUUAUUUUGGCCACAAACCAACUAUUAUUCAUAUAUGAGAUAAUCUUGAAUGUCAUCAAUUAUAUGCAGGUUUUAUUUUAACAAAUGAAAAUACACAUUGAAAACCAUAUAUAAAAUCCCUUUUUGUAUGCAAUUUCCUCUGAAACUUCAACUACAGCAGCAUGUCAACCUUUAAAAUUCCAUUUCCCUAUUGGAUUACAGUGUCUAGUAAAUAAUUUUAAGUGAAGGUUCUUGAUUAAUUGACUGAGCAUUUGACUGUUCUGGACAAAGAAGGAAAGAAUUAUGGAUAUUCCCAACUGAUCUGUCCUAUUGUGACAAGUAAAAUGUGAUGGUAGGUUGAAUGUAUUGCUGUAACAAUAUGCAGCGUUCUGUGUGUGGAACUUGGAGUCAGGGCCAAGGUGACACAUCUUAUUUUGUCCAGAGUGUCAAUAUAAAUGUGAAGAGAG